UCAACGGGGAACCAGUUAACUCUUCUUAAAGCGUGCGUUUAUUAUAACCGUCAAAUAUUUUGGUCACAAGGAUUGGCGGGAAUAUAUUGAAAACAUUAUAUUCUGUCGAAAACAAUUUAGUCUGUUUAUUUUUAAAACAUGCCUAGUUUUCUUCAAAGUUGUCGAUCGGAAUUCGGAACUGAUGACCUGUAUAAAAUACUAGGGUUGAAGAAAACAGCUACGGAAAAUGAAGUAAAGAAAGGCUACCAUAAGGUUUCCCUGAAGGUCCACCCAGACAGAGUGUCUGAAGAGGAGAAGGAGGCGUCUACCUUGAAGUUUCAGAUCCUCGGAAAAGUUUACUGCAUCUUGUCCAACAAGGAAAAGAGAGCCGUUUAUGAUGAAACUGGCGAGGUUGAUGACGAGGAUGACACAGUUCCCCAGGACCGUGACUGGACGGCCUACUGGAGGAUGCUGUUCAGGAAGCUCACCACCCAGGACAUUGUAGACUUCGAGAAGAAUUACAAGGGUUCCAAGGAGGAGUUAGAAGAUCUGAAAACUGCAUAUGUAGAGUUCAAAGGUGAUAUGGACGAAAUCCUUUCUAAUGUGUUGUGUUCCACAAUAGACGAUGAGGACCGUUUCGCUGGAAUCAUCAAAGACUGGAUCAAAACUAAGGCAGUGCCAGAUUUUAAGAAGUUUAGCAAAGAAACCAAAAAGUCUAAGGAAAACAGAAAGAGAAAGUUUGCACAAGAAGCGGCUGAGGCAGAGGAAAUGAAGGCGGAGCUAGGGCUAUGGGAGGACACGUCCCUUCAGGCCAUCAUCCAGAGUCGACAACAGAGCCGACAACAACACAUGGCCAGCUUCUUCGACGACUUGGAGGCAAAGUAUGCCAAACCAAAGAAAACUAAGGCUGCAGAUGCUACAGGAAAGAAAAAGGGGAAGAAAUGAGAAAAAUGGCAUGGUUGUAUGUAUGGUGUAUUUAAUUAUUUAAUAGAAACCUGGUUUUCAUGGUCAGCUUGAUGGUUUUAUGAUCGUCUUGACCAUCGAACAAACAAAUCUAACUGCAUUGGACUAUUACUUUCUCUUAUUAAAAAUUCAGAUGAAUCGUACAAACUGUAUAAUGGUUAUGUGUAUGUGUUAGCAUUUCAUCCAAUAUACAUGGUACAUGUAUGUCAGCAAGUGUAAUUGGAAUCUCUGCAUUAGUCUAUAAAUAAUUUACCAGUGUAAUAUUGAUUCGACAGCCUCUUUUCCAGGGGAGACAAACUUGCCCCUAGCUAAUCUCUAGCUAAUGGCCCCUAGCUAAUUGUGUUGUUUCAGUAGAGUUGUCAUCCAUAAAUUUAUUUUAAGUUUAAAUAUCUAGAGAUAUGUUAUUUGGUGGACAAUUUCAUUUAUUUAAAGUUUGUUGUAAUAACGUCGACUAUAAAUAUAAUAUUUAUGUUUCAGAAAGUACUUAAAUUAUUCUUAACUGGACCUUUUCAGAAUAAUUUAUUUCCUUAGGGUAUCAGGUUGGCGCCUUUUGGCCAUGACCCUCCUGUUUAUUUUUUACUUUUUAAGAAUGCUGUGGAGGUUUCAACAUUAUGUGUGUUCUUCACUCUUGUUCAAUUAAUAGAAAUUGUGAUCAAUCUGGAUAGGGUGGGAGUUUGAUUUUACUUAACAUUAUUUGACAUGCAACAUGUUGAUGUGACGAUUUCCAUGUUAAUUCAAGUGUUUGUUUGUGUUCAAUAACUGUUCACAUUUUGUAAUUUUGCUGUCAAAUUAUUCUUUUAAAGAAGUUAAGGUACUUAACUUUUAACAUGUUUUUUUUUUUUAGUCCUCUCACGAACCGAUCUGGUUUGGUUUUAAAGCCAUUGUAUGCAUAAAAGAUCUAAAUAUCAGUUUUAAUCAGUUUGAUUUUGUUUAUUCUUUGUCCUUAUUUGUAACAUGGUAAGAUAAUAAAAGACAAAUUAAAAAAUA